GCGGAGCGGGCGGAACCGGCUUCCUGCCUCCAGGGGGCGGCGGCCGCGGCCCGGUCCCGGCUUGGGCAGCUCGGCGCCGCGCCCGCGCCGCUCUUCUGUCUGUGGGAGUGGCGGGCCGGCCCGCGGGCCGCCGAGGUCGGCGGUCGCCAUUCCCGUGUCGCUGCGCCCGCGGGGGCCGCCCGAGCCGGCCACCAUGCCGCUGGGCCUGAAGCCCACCUGCAGCGUCUGCAAGACCACGUCGUCCUCCAUGUGGAAGAAGGGCCCGCAGGGGGAGAUCCUCUGCCACCACUGCACAGGCCGGGGCGGCGCAGGCGGCGGGGGCUCCUGCCCGGGGGUGGCCGGCGGCACAGGGGGCGGCGGCGGCGGCGGCGCAGGGGGUGGCUUCGGCGCCGCGACCUUCGCCAGCACCUCGGCCGCCCCUCCGCAGAGCAACGGGGGCGGGGGCGGCAAGCAGAGUAAGCAGGAAAUUCACAGGAGGUCUGCUCGGCUCAGAAACACUAAAUACAAAUCUGCUCCAGCUGCUGAAAAGAAAGUUUCCACUAAAGGGAAAGGGAGAAGACAUAUUUUUAAAUUAAAAAAUCCCAUCAAAGCUCCUGAGUCCGUUUCCACCAUAAUCACUGCAGAAUCAAUCUUCUACAAGGGAGUGUAUUACCAAAUUGGAGAUGUUGUUUCUGUAAUUGAUGAACAAGAUGGAAAACCCUACUAUGCUCAGAUCAGAGGUUUCAUCCAGGACCAGUACUGUGAGAAGAGUGCGGCGCUGACGUGGCUCAUUCCCACUCUCGCUAGCCCCAGGGACCAGUUCGACCCUGCGUCCUACAUCGUGGGACCAGAGGAGGAUCUUCCAAGGAAGAUGGAAUACUUGGAAUUUGUCUGUCAUGCACCUUCUGAAUAUUUCAAGUCACGUUCAUCACCAUUUCCCACAGUUCCCACCAGACCAGAGAAGGGCUAUAUAUGGACUCAUGUUGGACCUACUCCUGCAAUAACUAUAAAGGAAACAGUUGCCAACCAUUUAUAGUUUAAGAAGUAAACCUGGAUUUCUAGUUCCCUUGUAUUUGUACCACUGUAAGACAUGCCACAUGUUUCUUUAAUGAAAUUCUUGGAUGGAAAAAUGACUAAAGUAAUCACUAGCUUGUUUAUUACUAGUCACUUAGAAAAUUAAGAGAGAUAGAAAAGAAUUAAAUAUAUUCUGAAAUGAAGUAUUACGUACACAUUAAGUGUGUAUGUCCUCCCAGGCAAAUACUGUCAUUUCCAGGGAGACUAUUAGGAACAGGUAGUGUCUAUUUUUCUCCUUAAUUUAUUUCUAGAAACUCAUAAAAUGGAUUGUAUUUUUCUAUAAGAAUAAAUUAAGAUAUAAAUUUCUAACCAAGGGCUAAA